AUGGACUCUUCUUAUAAAACACAGCAGAAUUUGAUGGCCAAAAAGGCAGAGGAAAAUGGUAUUCCGACUUCUGAAAUCACAAAGCAGUUUCAGCAAAUAUUGAGCCAAGUCUACCAGCAAAGUCCCAAUUGUAAUAAAUCUUGGGCAUUGGAAAAAGCUGAAUAUCUUGUUGUAAUUCCAAACGAUCCAUGGCCAGGCACCCCUCCAAAGACAACGCUACUUCCUUUGAGUGAUGAUACAAUGGGGUCAGAGUCCGGCGAGGUGACCAGUUCGCCGGACGAGAAGGAUCCGUCGAGUUUACCAAGCAAGCCGAAGCCUACCUUUUCACUCAAGGUUGAAGAGGUGCUGCUUAAUGCAGCUGGUAAUGCAACUAUAUUGGUUGCAUACAAGGAGGCAUUAGUGAACAUGAAGGAGCGAUAUCCACGGGAAAGCCUAGAGUGGCAGCAGUGGAUGUCAGGAAGCAAGGUCUGGCUGUCCAACUUUCGCAAACAGGGUACCUUUCCCUGCAAUGAGCCACCUAGGUCAUACGUUCUCCGCUCUUCGGAUGCCAACCAACUUCAUGCUGGACAUUCUCGCCAUAGUGGCGAGGAUUGGCCCAGAAAUGGGCGGUCUGGUAGUAGCUGGCGCCCGGAGGAGGCUACCAGUCGACGUAGAUCUAGGUCGCCUCCCAGUGGACCCAGCGGAAGAGUCGCUUAUCGACAAACUAGGUACCAACAAAGUAGUGAAAAGGCAAGACAAGGUAGGACAAUCAAAGUUGAAGAAUCACCAAGACAUGACCGAACAAUAAGAGUUAAAGAACCAUCAAGAGAUGGUAGAACAAUGAGGAAUGGAGAUGGAGAACCAUUGACCUAUGGGCCAAAAGAGGAUCAGAUGCAAAGGAAAGCAUAUGCUAUGGGUGGUGAUGAUUUUCGCCAUACGUUCUUUCGUGCUAUGCAAAAUAGCAGAGACAUCGUAAGAGCCAGUCAUCCCGAGUACGACCGUUCUCAAAAGCAUUGGCUUGCCGAUCGGAUGGCCUGGGAGAAAGUUUUUAAAGAUGAGCCAUUUCCCUGGUUAAAUGACAAGCCACCAGGAAUCUCUAAAAAUGCUCUGACGAACGAUAAAUUAGCAAUAAAAUAUGCGAAUUUUUCCAUGGCAACUCCACCAGCCGAAGGUGUCGUCAAGCAAUCAAACGUCAAGACCAUAGCACCGGCUGGAAACAAUCCCUUGGUUCAACUGAGACCUUCUCAUAGCAGAAAUUCGUUUGAUCCAAAAGAAACAGAUGGUGGUGCUAUCUUGGUUGGGUCAAGCCCUGGGAUGCCAAGAAAGCUCCUAGUGGCACAACCAAAAGGAGUGACGAAGGCUGUCGGUGACCAAUCCUCAGGAAAAAAUAGAGCGAAUCCAGUUGAAGGCAUUAGAGAAGUGAACAUUCAUAAUGGUAUCCUUACUCGUGCUCUCCUAGGUGACUGGGACGAUUCAUUCAUAUUCGUUCAAAGAGGUCUUGGAGUAACAAUGGAAUAUAAUGAUGAUGCCUCCGAUUAUCUCAGGCUCAUCAUUGAGCCAUAUCAACCGGGAGACUGUGCAGCAUUGGAGAAAGCGUACCAAUUCCUUGAAAUCUGGAAGAGGCUGAUACACUCUGACCACCUAGUCAAACUUUACGAUUUUUGGGCCCAGUACAAGAAUCAUGACAGAACAAAUUCUGUUAAUCCUGAGCCCUUAAUAUACGUUAAUGGCCAGAAGAUACCCUGCCCAGGGAAAUUCGGCGAUCUCUGUGACUUCUUCUCAUAUGAGAUCCAAAACUAUCAAUCCAACAUGGCUAUGUAUACCAACACGGAAAAUGCACUUGCCUGCAGUACCCUCUUCGAGGCUAGGCCAUUCAGCAUUCAUCUCACUAGCUAUCCACUUCCGGUAAUGCUUAAAGUUGAUGGCAAGACGAGAAACAAGAUUCUGGAUGAGCAUGAUGCCUUCCUAGAAGAGUGGGUCCGAAGGUCUUUGCAAGAACGGAUGAGCUUAUCGGACAUGAGCAAUGACUAUGCAAGAAGGCGCGAUCAACAACGUAUGGAUAUGGAUAUGGAUUUGGAUGAGUUGUUGAAGGAAGGGGCAGCAAAGGCUAAUCAGAAGCCUUGA